AUGAAGAACUACCAGAUGGAGGUGUCGGUUUGGCACAAGGAUUACCUUGAAGACAGGCUUGGUUCUACGCACAUUCCUUGGAGUUACGUUUUUAUCGAUUUCUUAAACAGACUGCACAGAAAAGAAGAACUUUGUAAUGUUUCCGCUAGCGGUGAAUAUAAUAUAUUUGAUGAAGUCACAUCAAAACGAAUGGCUUCUAUAAAACUGAAUAUAAAGUUGACGUACCUAAAAGAUAAAUUUACAUCUGAAUUUAGAUCUCUGUCUGAAGGAAAUCAAAAAACGUUUAUGUAUACCGGUUUUGAUUCUAAACCUACAACUAUUUUAAGCACAGUCAAAGAGAAUCCGCGGACUCCACUAAACAUAUUGGAAGAAACCGGAAUCAUUAAAACGCUGUAUCGAGGUGCAAAUAAGAAAACGAAAAAAUUAAAUUCACUCAAAAGUCCUGCCACACAUGAUAAUGUUACAGAAAAAGAUCAGCCUGAAGAUAAACCUAUUAUAAAUAAUAUGAAGGACAAAGUUACCGACAAUAGUAAUCAUUACCCGUCUGUCAAGAAUAUUCUUACUCCCGUAAGAAGUGACACAGACGUAGACAAAUGCAAACAAAUUGAAUUAAUAAAAUCUAAGUCUUGCACGACGGUUAAUCGCGAUCAGUACAAUAUACUAAAUUACAUCUUUGGUGGUAAUAAUGGUCCGUUUGGUAAUAGCGUUUACUGUGUGGGUUACUUUACGGUAGAAAAUGAUUUCGAUAAGGAUCCUAAUUCGUCUAAGGCUUCAGUAAAACAGUUAAGCUCGGAAGGGAAAUCUGAAGAAUCAAAGGAAAAGUAUAAAUUUAGGAUUUGUGAUAGCGAAUGUCCAAGCAGAAAAGAUGGCGAUAAUACUUGUUCCCAAAGCGUUUGCUCGUUAGAUUUACCAGCAGAGGCUGCCAAUUUGAUAAACAUCACUAAAUGCAAACAAGUUGAAUGUAAUAAUAGAAAACAUAAAGAAGUUCCAUCACCUCCCGAUGACCGCAUUCUUUUAGACAUGUCUAACCUUAAUAAAGAAUGCUGUGGCAUUACUGAAAAAAUAGAAGAAGUGGUUGGUGGAAUGAAAGCAAAAAUGAAAUUUGGGGACCAGCCAUGUUUUUGUUCAUGCGAAUGCACUUUUGGUUUCACAAAAAAAACUACUUAUUGUACCGUAUGCGGGGGUUAUGAGAUUACCGGCGAUGAUAUGCCAACUAAACCAACAGAGAACACUACAUUUCCUUGUCCUAUUUAUCAUAAAUUGAUAGAUAAAAAUAAAUUAAAAACAUGGAGCACCUCAGGCAGCGAUAGUAAGAAAAAACCCGAGGAAAGUCAAAAGAGUUUUAAAGGUGGUUCGAAAUCAGCAGGAUCAGAUAAACGAUCUAUUGCGGACAAGAGCGCUGAAUCCGAAAAAGAGUCAAAGAAAGGAAAAAAGAAAAAGAAAGAUGACAGGUUCAAGUUCAAUUACGGUUACCAAGCUCCUCAGAUUGGACACAGUCAAUGCACAUUUCCAUGUACUGGAACUUUGGGCGUGGUUCCUAAGCAUAUGGGAUGGUUAUGGACUGCUGAAGAUGUGCCUGGGAUGAAGUUUCGUCCUAUGUGGAAGCCAGGCGCAACUAAUAAACAUGUGGUUAGGUUACUCAAAAUGGCUAAACAUCCAGGUCAAGUAAUCACUAAAAAGAAGAAGAAAGAUGCAACAAAAAAGAAACGACCCAUUCAGAGGCCUUUGUUGGUCGUUCAAAAGAAGGAAGGGGAAUACACUAUUACUAUGGAGACUAUGAAAGCAUACGCAAAACCCAGAGCUAUAAAUCAAAUUCCAUUUGAAGAUAAGCUUCCAUUAACUUAUACAAUAGGCAGAAGCGAAGAAGAGAACCGUGAACGGCAGAAGAGGAAGGAGCGCGAGCAGAGAAGGCAAGAGAGAGCUCAACGCCAAUUUAUACAGAGUGCCUUCAGGGACGUGUGUCGUGAUAUCUGUUUAAAGACAUAUCAGCAAGCUUUAGGUUUGUUACCCGAUGCUGAAAAUCCUGAAUGUCCGUGUUAUCCUGCUCAACCUGAUGCUGAACAUACGAACCUUGACGUUUCUUGUUCAUGUUCCGAAGCAAAAUCAUCCAUAGGUUCUGAUACAGACUCUGAUGAAUGGAUAGUAGAAUUUACACCGCCUAAUGCGAUGUUCAAUCCUACUUUCAAAGGAAAGAAGGUUAUUAAAACAGAUAAUAGCAGUCAGUACACAUACCUUGAUUACAAAGUGAAACUCAUAGAUAGACAUGGUAAUCCCGUUCCGAGGUUCUUUAAAGGCCUCGAUGGUAAGCAGCAAUGUAGUGACCUAGGUGGCUUUUGGAGCCCUGAGCACAAGUGGUUGGAGAUAAAUGUUGAUGGUUACGUAGCACCUGACGGCCGGUGGGCCCCGAAUGCCUUUAUCGGACCCAAUGGUGAGCAAAUAGACACGGAUACUGGAAAGUUCCAAGUAACUGGCGGUAAGUGGUUAGUGGUCGGCAUAGAUGGCUACAUCGACAGUCAAGGUAGAUGGAAGUUUUAUUCAAGGCCAAGAGACACCUCACCACAGAAAGGCAAAGGCGUGGGUGGCCGAAAAGGCGCUGGACUGAAACUAGAUUAUAAAAAAUCAGAAACAACAUGGAGUUGUUUCGGUGAUAUAACUCCGAGACAGUUGUCUAAGAUGGGCAUUGUUGGCCACGGGCAAGACAAGAAAUUGCUCCUAGCUGCCUUGAAAAAUAUCUUAGCCACUGGAGAGGAUGUGAAAAUCCCAGAACCAUCCGUUGUUCCGCGUUUAGCGCCAUCCAAAAAGCAAAAACGACCAGGGAAGCAUCAACCAGGAACUCCUGGUGUCUAUGAUUCUCGUACAUAUUUCCAAGAAAGGCAUAAAUGUCGACAUCCUGUUCCUCCUGAAAAGGGUGUCAUUUCUGUAGACGCUCGCGGUCGUAAAACUUACUUUAAGCUUAAAGACUACAAAAAUAAAAGACCGGAUGAGAGAAUUAAUGCACUUAAAGAUUACGGAAUCAGCCUAAGCGAUUUCCACGAGCCGUGUUUCCAUUCGUUCAUAGACAGCGAAACUUUGAGGCAGCAGCACCUGGAGAGAUAUAUGACAAAAACGAAAUGUGCGUCCACACAGAUUGGUUGACUGUUGUCCUGGAUAUGUCCAAGUAUAUGGUUUGAAUAACUAAUUUGUUGUUAAGUUAUUUUACUAAGUGCAAGUACAUUUUGGUAAUGUGAUAAGUCAAAUUAUGUAACGUUCUAUAAAAUGUAAGUUAAAUAAAAUAUUAUUGACCUAUGAGAGUAUUCUGUUUUAUCCGAGAA